AUGGGUGCCUCCACGAAUGCCAUGGACCAUGCUGCAUCAUUGGACAUCUUCAUCUAUCUCCAACAACAUCGUACAGAGGGCUACACCUCUGAUGCACUGGACUGGGCAGCACGCAUUGGCUGUCUCCCACUUGUAGAGUAUCUACACAGCACUGCAGGCGACAAGGUGUUAUCAGAAGAUGCGUUGUACUUGGCCUCCGCCAACGGACAUAUGGAUGUGGUUCGGUACCUUCAUGUUCAUCGUACAGACAGCUGUGGUGUGCGGGCAAUGGAUGAGGCGGCCGAGGGUGGACAUCUGGAGGUGGUCCGGUUCCUCCAUGAAAACCGCACUGAGGGGUGCUCUGUUAAAGCAUUGGACUUGGCAGCUAUCAAUGGACAUUUGGAGGUGGUCAAGUUCCUCCAUUACAACAGGACUGAGGGAUGUACAGAAGAUGCUAUGGACUACAGUGCUGGCAGUGGACAUUUGGAUGUCGUCAAAUUCCUUCACGAGAAUAGAACAGAGAGUGGCACUGAUCAAUCAACAGAGUUGGCCGCGAGUGACGGCCACAUUGAUAUGGUGAAGUUCUUUCAUGAGCAUCGCACUGAGCCUUGGACCGAGGAGGCCAUGACAGGUGCAAUUACCAAUGGACAUCUUGAAGUGGUGAAGUUCCUCCACUUCAACCGAACAGAAGGCUGCGAAUUGAACUCACUGGUGUCCGCAUUAGUACGUGGCCAUAAUGAUGUAUUUCGAUUCAUUGUGUACCACAGACCAGACAUGUAUUCAGCUGGAUUGGUCGACAUUGCAGCCCAUGAGGGGUAUCACGAUCUGGUUCACUUCAUCCAUGAGAGGCGGACAUUUCCUUUUACCUCAAACACAAUGGACAGUGCGGCAAAGGGUGGUCAACUCGAGAUGCUCAAGUAUCUACAUCAUAAUAGAACUGAAGGAUGCACAGUUAGAGCAAUGGACCAAGCCGCUGAAUUUGGAUACAUGGACAUUGUGCAGUUCCUUCAUCACACACGCACCGAGGGAUGCACCAAAGCCGCAAUGAACAAUGCGUCCAAGAAUGGACAUCUAGAGGUGGUCAAGUUCCUCCACGAGAAUCGAACAGAGGGAUGCAGUACAAUUGCCAUGGAUAACUCUGCGAGAAAAGGUCACUUGGAUAUUGUUCGUUUCCUGCACGCCAACAGAACAGAGGGUGGCACAAAGCAUACAAUGGACAAUGCGGCAAGAAAUUGUCGAAUGGAUGUCGUCCAAUUCCUUCAUGAUAAUACCACCCAAGGAUGUACACCUUAUGCGAUGAAUUCAGCUGCAGAGAAAGGUAAUCUAGAAAUGGUACAAUUCCUUGUAGCGAAUAGGACUGAAGGAAGGAUAGAUGAAGCAUUACGAAUUGCGAAAAAGAAUGAUCAACUCGAAGUAUUUGAUUACCUUGCGCCAUUAGUUGAUAAGAUGAGACAAUAG